GUGGCGCAGCUGCUGCUCGGCCGCGAGGAGGGUCUGUCCAUCGAGCAGCUGGAGACGCUGCACGACAACGACGCUGACGAGCCGCUGAACUGGGCCGGCCGCGGCUACCGCAGCUGCGCGGACCUGCUGCUCCAUCUGCCGCACAUCGCGCGCGUCGUCAGCUCCUUCCGCGGCCUGCAGGUGUACCCGGCCCCCGCGCUCAUUGCCGCCGACAACGAGUCAAGAAAGCCACGCUCCGGCUGGCCGAAGCAGGAGCGGGCGUCACCGGACGAGCGCGCCAGCCCGCCCCCCGACGACGGCCCGUCCCCAGCCGGCGACCCGUCCCCAGCCGACGUGGCGGCCAGGGUCGCCAGUCCGGUGCCUUCCAAGAGCAUCAGCAGCUCGGAAAGGCGGGAAAGAUUCUUGAACGCGCUGUCGGCCACAGUACAAACUAUUGUUGAAAAGCACCCGAACGGCCUCCUUUGCUCCAAGCUUCCUGUAGAAUAUAAGGCGGAGACGGGCCGUGACCUGGACGUGGCCAAGCACGGCUACCACAGCGUGCUGGACCUUGUGUCCCGCUUGCCGAUGCGCAUCAUCAAGUCCGUGGCGUUCGGUGACUGGUUGCUGUUCACGCGGAGCCAGCCGCUGCCUGACUUCGUCAACGACCAGACGCAUACUGACGACGGUCUCAUGGAGGAAGCCGGCGACGGCGCCGAGUGUCUCAGGGAGGCCAAGAGCAGGAUCCGCGACAUCCUGUUCUCCUUCCCAGACGGUCUGCGCAUGUCCUGUCUGGAGGACCACUACCAGAUGAGCUGCAACGAGCGGCUUCCGUACCUGUCGCUGGGCUUCAGCUCCGUCGAGACGUUCGUGCUGCACCUGACCGGUGACGUGCUGCAGGUCAAGUACACCGGCGAGGGCCUCAAGCUGUACCCCAUCGUGCCCAAACAGCCGGACCGUCCCAUGGGUCAGGUGCUGUACCCGGCGGACGCCGUGGGUCCCAGCCUUAGCUUCGAGCGGGUCAAACUGCCCGAGGUCCCGGCCGGCAAGUACAACCUGGAGAUCUUCGUGGCGGAGGUGUACCACCCGCACAAGUUCUGGUUCCACCUAGUGGGCGAAGAGUACGCUGAGGCGCUGGAGAAGCUCAUGGACCAGAUGGAGGUGACCUACUGCACGGCGCUGGGCUUCAAGUACCGCAUGCCGGAGGCCACCGUCCAGGUGGGCCAGGUGUGCGCCUGCCCUUACGGCGAGCAGGGCUACCACCGGGCCGUCAUCACGGACGUGCGGCCGGCGCCCGAGCCCGUCAAGGUGUUCUACGUGGACUACGGCUCGGUGGGGACGGUGCCGCGCUCCUUCCUGCGAUUCCUGCCCCUGGACUUCUUCCGGCUGCCGGCCCAGGCCCUGCUGGGCCGCCUAGCCAACAUCCUGCCGGCGGCGGCCGAGGGCUGGACGCGAGAGGCCUCCAAGACGUUCCUCUCGCUGGUGGACCAGAACCGUAUCCUGUACGCCAUGGUGCUGGAUAGAUCGCCGAGCUGCGUCAGCCUGUGUCUGUGCGACACCAACGGCAGCACGGACCUGCACGUCAACGACCAGCUGGUUGAACUGGGCCACGCCGUCUUCCGCAACCAGAGCAUGGACGCGGCCGAGCCGGCCGUGGAGGAGGUGUCACGGCCGGUGCCGCUGGGACCCGACUCGUCGCCGGCCGCCGCCGUCCAGCGCCGCCCGCCGUCGCCGGCGCCGCUGGCCGAGCUCUGGAGCGGCCACACCACGCCCAGCGAGAUCGACCGCCUGCUCCAGGAGACGCUCGGAGCGCCGGCCGCCAGCGGGAUGUGA